GAAUAUCUAUUUUCUGAGUAGUCUUGUGUUCAGCUUUGAAGAUUGUGUGGUUAUGGUCUAAUACCACUACAACACCAUCAAACAAUACUCCAUACCUAGUUCUCUAACACAACUGAGAAUUUUUCUAGGUCUAAUUAACUUUUAUCGCAGAUUCAUACCAGGUUGUGCACAAUUAAUGCAACCUUUGACAGAUUCACUUAAAGGAAAAUCAGAAGAAUUCAAACUGUCUUCUGACGCCGUCGAAUCUAUUAAACGGCUUAAAGAUAAACUGGCUAAAGCAACUAUGUUGAUGUAUCCGAAUUCUCUUUCCCCACUUGCUUUGAUGGUGAAUGCUUCAGAUAAACCAGUAGGUGGUAUCCUUAACCAGCUGGUUAGAAACGCCUGGAAACCAACUGCUUUCUUCUCUAAAAGACUCGCUCCAGCAGAGACAAGGUAUUCUACCUUCGGGCGAGAACCUCUUGCAAUCUACCUGACCAUUAAACACUUCCGACACAUGUUAGAAGACAGGGAAUUUAUAGUCUUCACAGAUCACAAACCACUAGCGAAUGCAUUAAAAGCGAGAGCCGAUAAAUACUCACCUCGAGAAGUCUGAUACCUUGACUAUAUAUCACAGUUCACAAGCGAUAUCCGACAUGUCAAAGGUCAGGCCAAUCAGGCGGCAGAUGCUUUAUCUAGACUAGAAAUGAACGUGCUACAGCAGUCUACAAUAAAUUUCGAGACGUUGAGACACGAACAAGAGCAGGAUCUAGAAUUACAAUUUCAAUCCGAACUAUUUGAUAACUUGACUAAACUUCUAAGCUCCAAUAGGAUACUCUGCAUUGCAGAUCAUCCUCAGGCCAAUGGUAUGGUAGAACGUUUUCACCGUCAG